AUGUGCUCUUUGGGACGCUUUAGUGGAGCACAUUUCAAUCCAGCACAGACGCUGUCAGCAAUAUUUGUUGGAAAAUGUCGCUUAGCAAUUGGAUUUUUCAUGAUAUUUAUGCAAUUUUUUGGAUCAUUUCUUGGUGCUGUUUAUGCGAGAUGUAUUCUGCAAGGCAACACAUUUGCAAUAGCAAUAAAUGCAGCAAUAAAAUGGUCCAACACAGAGAUAUAUUUAGUAAAUCGUUUGCAGUAUUUUUUCAUGGAAUUAACACUAAGUACAUUGAUUUGCUGUGCUUACCUGUUCACAGGUAUCAUCAACCACGGUAGGAAUGGUGCUUUAUGUGCUGCAGUUGUAUCUACCACACGGGCAAUCAUUACUUUUGUUGGAUAUUCUACUAUUGGUCAGACAUCAAAUCUGGCAAGAAGUAUUGGCUUAACUUCCACGGCCUACAUAUUUUUAUCCGUAUAUGAUGAAUGGCGCUACUUUUAUAUACCCUUUCUUGUUGAUUUCAUUUCCGCUCCUGUUGCUGCCUUAAUUUAUUGGAUAUCAGUGAAAUUUUCAACAGGAAAUAUUAAUAGUAUGCCGAAAGAUUGA